GCAAUUAACUUUGGAAUGCUUUCUUUAGCAGCAGCUUACAGAGAAUGCGGUGAAGAAAUAAACUCUGAAAAAGGUCCAAAGGUGACUUAUGUGCCUCCUCCUCCGCCUGAUGAUGAACAAGCCAUCUUUGCACGUUAUCAGACAGGAAUUAAUUUUGACAAGUAUGAUGAAAACGUUGUCGAAGUGUCAGGACUUGACCCUCCAGCACCAUUACUGGCUUUUGAAGAAGCUAACCUCUGUCAGACUUUAAACAUGAAUAUUGCCAGAGCUGGGUACUCUAAACUUACUCCAGUGCAAAAGUACAGCAUUCCUGUGAUACUGGCAGGACGAGAUUUAAUGGCAUGUGCCCAGACAGGAUCAGGAAAAACUGCGGCCUUUCUUCUACCAAUUGUGGCCCACAUGAUGAGAGAUGGAGUAACUGCUACUAGCUUUAAAGAGCAGCAAGAACCAGAAUGUAUUAUUGUCGCCCCAACUAGAGAACUGAUAAAUCAGAUCUUCCUAGAAGCAAGAAAAUUUGUGUAUGGAACUUGUAUAAGGCCUGUUGUAAUCUAUGGAGGUACACAAACAGGCCAUUCAAUUCGUCAGGUAAUGCAAGGCUGUAAUAUACUAUGUGCCACUCCAGGAAGGCUUCUAGACAUCAUUGGAAGAGAGAAGAUUGGUUUGCAUCAGGUGAAAUAUUUGGUGCUAGAUGAAGCAGACCGCAUGCUUGACAUGGGUUUUGGGUUAGAUAUGAAGAAGCUGAUUUCUUAUCCAAGCAUGCCACCAAAAGACAAACGUCAAACACUAAUGUUUAGUGCCACUUUUCCUGAGGAAGUUCAGAGGCUGGCUGGUGAAUUUUUGAAAACUGAUUAUUUAUUUGUUGUUGUUGGACGAGUGGGUGGAGCUUGCAGUGAUGUUCAGCAAAAUAUUCUUCAGGUUUCUCAGUAUUCCAAGAGGGAUAAACUGAUUGAAAUUCUACAAAGCAUAG